ACUUAAAUACGUUCCAACGGGUUUUGUCCUCAUACCACUGAUCCUCACCGCAUCGAUCGUACAUCUAAAUUAGCUCUCCAUACUGCAUAACAGUCCUGCGUGCGAACUCAAGUUUCUUGAAUUCAAGAGAAAACAAGUUCAAGAAGCAUAUAGACAGCAAUCGAUCAUGAAGGUAAUCGUUGCACUCGUCUUCCUCUCUGCCGUCAUCGCAACCGGUUAUUCGUCAAGGUCAAACAAUCGGUUCGAUGACAACCGUCCGAUCGAGUCGUACCGAUUACUCGAUGCUCUAGAAUACACCUGCACUGACAUCUUGCCUCUACUGGAUCACCUGAAUUACGUCAAUCGUUUCUUUGGUAAUACGAAGAAAUUGGUACAACCAGUGUGUAAGUACAUCCUGCAGGAAGCCGACGAUUUUGACCCCACCAAAUUCUGCACGUUCGUGACAGAGUAUAUCCGCACGCUUGCCUUGUUGGACCCUGGCCGCCGGCGCGUUGGUAGCAACAGUGGUCAACGUCGUGAUGAUUACGAUCUUGUCUUUAAAUUGGUGGCAAAUGCCACAAAAAACUUGUAUGGAAUUGACCCCAAUAACGCGACAACCAUCUGUCCAAACGCGAAUAAGUUGUUCGAGCCGACACUGGGCACGCUCUAUGAGGACAUCUUGACCGAGUAUUACACCGACCUGCUCACCGAAGCCAUCCCCGUUUUGGUGUCUCUCUGUCACGACCGGAAGUCCUUCUACACGGACAUUGGUGUGCCAGUUGACUCCCCUUACGAGCAGUUGGCCGACAGUCUCCUCGACAUUGGCUCAGAGACGGCGGGAUAUGAUGAUUAUGCCGACUUUUGUGAUGGAACCAAACAAUGGUUCAGCCAAGGUUAUGCUGGUCGCAGGAAGGAAGCCAAUCGCUUUGUCAUCCUGAUGCGGAAUAAAUUCUACGACGCAUUCGACCGAUAUUGAAUAGUUCAAUAUAAUUCUUUUAUUUCAUUUCCAUUCAAAACAUAAUGCAAAGUAAUGUAAAGUAAUACAAAUUUUCGUUUUAGUAGCAAAACAAUGAUAAUAUCUUGAAAACAAAGCAAGAUUUGGAAGAGACCAAGCUAGUCACAAGAGUUUUGUAUUUUAUGAUUGAAAAUAUUCAAUCUGAUUAACAUUGUUUGUAUAUAUAGGUCUAUAUAUUUGGUUAGGAAAAAAACAAUAUAGAAAAAAAAAUAUUCGUUCCUGGUGAGAUCUCUUGGUAAAUAUAUGUAACAUUAAUUAUUUUCAGUUUCAUUUUAAUUCAUUCUUUUCAUCCUAUUCAUUGAUCUGCACUCCCCGUGGAAUCCACCCUUGUAAACUGAUCCAAAUGAAGGGAAAAUAUAUGAAAUGUAAUUGCGAGAGUUGAAAGAAAUCAGAUUAGAUAUACCUUUGACAAUUCGAAAUUAUGUAAAAUUCAUAUGACGAUAUCAAUAUCAAAUCGGCAAUUUGGGAUGAGUGUGCAUUGUAUAAGUGAUAUGGACCAUUGUAACGUUGGCUGCUUUCUUAUCAGAAAUAUGUGGUUUCAGUCUUUCAAGUAAUUUUACCAUUAGGGGCCAGUUUCCUAAAAUUUUGAUUCGGAAUAACAGUUUAAAAGCUACCGAAUUCAUGCAAUUUGAUUGGC